CAGGGUGGAGAUGUAACAACAGGAAUCAGAUAAAGUGCCGCCUGUCCGUCCACUGUUUGCUCUCAAGCGUCUUUAGCUUCAGCCGACACUGAGUGCAAGCCUCAAGAAUAACUUGAGAAACCUGUUAGACGAGAUGGCAGCCCAUCGAAUCGGUAAGACGCAAGAAGAUGAGGUCCAUUCAUCAGAAAUGGAAACGUCUCGGGAACAUGGGUUCGGCCUCCAGAAGAGACAAGCUCGGGUGACAGUGAAAUACAACAGGAAAGAGCUUCAGAAGCGGAUAGAUGUGGAAAAAUGGAUAGAUGAAUGCUUGGAUAAGCUGUACUUAGGAAAGGAAGACGACACGCCCGAUGAGAUCAACAUAGACGAACUGCUCGACCUGCCCACCGACGAGGAACGAGCACAAAGAUUACAGGAGAUCCUUCAGACCUGCAGCAACAACACAGAGGCGUUCGUCCGCGACCUCCUGGGCAUGCUGCAGGGCCUCCACAAGCAGGAGGAGCUCCAGAGCGAAGGCGUCGAGCACCCCGCGCCCUACUGCCACGGUCACCCCCGUCACGAGCCCUACCACUUCAACAGCCCCCACCACUGCAGCCAGCACCACCCCGCCAUCUGAGCUCUCCCCGCCCCCCCCCCCCCCCCCCCACCCCCGUCUCACACGCCGCCUGGCCGUGAUGAAGGACCAUGGGAUAGCAGACAUGGAGAGAGAAAAAAAAGAAUCUCCAAAGCGACCUGCCUGGAAAGACCACCUGCCUGGAAAAGGUGGCACACUGUGACCAGACCAGCGUAUCGUUUGUGGUAAACACCCACCUGAUCUCCUCUGCUCCCUGUCCUGACGACGCCUCCCUCGACGAACGCCUGAACACUGCUAGCCACGGCAUUAUGGAUACACCCAAUCAAGUCACCGAAAUGUUUGGAGUCCUCCAAACAUGAUAUAGCUUUAGAGUUACGUCGGCCAUUAAUUGUACCAUGGUAGGACUGUGAAUGAAGGACUACGGACAGGAUAGUUCCCAUUUUGUGAAUGGUGUAACACUGAAAGUAUCCACAUUACACAGCUACUUUUCAACUAGAUUCGUUUGUUUUCAUCCUUAGUCCAUUGCUUUAAUCCUAAGAAAUGGAUUCGUUCACUACGUUCUGCAGUAUAAUAUCUGGUAAAACUGAUUCUCUAAUGCCUACAGUGUUUUGUAUUUCUGGCUCAUUGUUGUAACACGUUUGAGUGAUUUCCAUUCGUUUAUCGUAUUCAAUUGGAAAUGAAGACAAAUAAAACAUAUGUCAAUCACAUGAAUCCCCCCACAGUUCUGGUUUGUUCUGGAUGAAGACAGGAUGAAACCAGAGCCACAGAUACAGUUACACCAAGUCUGUUGACAAGACUCCAGCUUUGCCUCCUGACAGGGAGGGGGGGGUGGUAGUCGUAGAGAUGUGACAUCAUCUAAGACUGUCAGAAUGACUCAUCAAGGCGGUGACAGAAGAAUGUCACUGAUUGUUUUAGUCACAGUGAACCAUGAGGUCACAGCACAGGCAGGUUGUCGACAUUCUUUCAAUAAAUCCCGAUUUAGUAUGUGAGGCUACCUUCACGGAAUAUCCAUGUGUUUAUGUAGGCUAGAUUUAUAAUGUUGAUGUAUUUAUGAGAAGGCCGACCAUUCUUAUAAAUAACAGAAGUGUUUGUUUGAUUCUUGGACUGUCAUUGUACACUAGAUGGCACCGGAGGAGAGAGAUGAGACACUGAUCCCAGCAGGAGGGGGGGGGGGGGGCAAUACAUUUACAUUUACAUUACAUUUAGUCAUUUAGCAGACGCUCUUAUCCAGAGCGACUUACAGUAAGUACAGGGACAUUCCCCCGAGGCAAGUAGGGUGAAGUGCCUUGCCCAAGGACACAACGUCAUUUUGGCAUGGCCGGGAAUCGAACUGGCAACCUUCUGAUUACUAGCCCGCUUCCCUAACCGCUCAGCCACCUGACUCCCUGUAGCAUACCCAUGCAAUAGCAUACCCAUGUCACAAAAAGCAUGUCAAAAUGUCAAUGGAAGCAUUCAAAAAGUUCAUUGCUCUUUCAUGACCUCGCCAAAACUUCAUGACAUCAACUGACAUUGUUAUUCUGCCACGGUGUUAGGGGUAAGGCUAAACAUUCACUGAGCAAUUCAGGAAAAGACAACAAAUGUGGUUUUCAACGUUUUCUAUCAAUGUAAAAACAUCCUCAAAAUGUAUACAUUUUUGUUCUUGAUGAAAUUGUAGUUUGCUUCCUGGAACCUUUACAUGUAUGUUGUCACGUGCUACUUGAUUUUGAUCUUAAGGUAAACAGUUCUUUAACUCUGA